AUGAAGAUGGGCGACCUUGCUUACUGGAUGGUGACGCUUGCAGCUGAGGGGAUGAUAUUACCAGAUCCAGUUGAGGAUGCAAACACAGUUUGCAACAGUCUUAGUUUCUCUUGUACAACACUUUCCUCUUCUGGUCUUUCCAGUCAACUAAAUGGGGAUAUGGAGGAAGAGCUUGUCAAGGUCGGGGGAUUGCUGCGUUUCUCUGUGCAUUAUGACCAGCUACAGGCACGUGUGGUAGUGACCAUUUUGCAACUUGAGGGUCUUCAGCAACACUGGAAUAGCAGCAACUUCCAAGUUUUUGUCAAGCUUCUACUACUGUGGGACAGAUCACAAGAUGCUGAGAUGGGUGUGUGUCGAGACAUUAAGGAUCAACAGAAAGCAUGUGUCAUGUGGACAGUUAUCCAGGAAUGGAGGUCUCGCAUUGUCAGAAGCAGCUCCUGCCCUGUUUUUGGUGACCAGUUCAGCAGUGUACUGCAAAAAGAUAUAAGGCCUCAUCACAUCACACUCAAGAUGGAGGUGAGAGACUUUGAUACAUUUUCCAGACACACAGCUCUAGGGGAGGUAAGAGUACCUUUUAAAGAACUGAACAUAUCGACUCCUCUCGAACUCCAAAAAAAACUACAAAUUCCCCAAAAGGAUCUUGUUGGAGAACUUCUUUUGACUUUAAAUUUUUUACCAACAUCACAGAGGCUUGAAAUAGGACUUUUAAAGGUCAAGGUGGCCACUAUUAACACCUCUUCAAGCGCAGCUCUUUGUGCUAGAAUCAGUUUUAUGUGCAACCAAUACCGGCAGAAGUCACAAAAAUCCUCUGUGGUGGCUCACAGCUUUGUGACAGUCUUUAAUGAAGUCUUUCACUUCACACUGGCAGAAGUCCCUGUGGUGCAAUGUAAAAUCUCUGUGUCAAUCUUUGAGAAGGAAAUAAGAAAAAAAAAGUCACCUAAACGUCUUAUUGGACAAGUGAUUUUUGGGAAGGAGAAAACAUUUGAGGACAAGCAUUGGACUCUUAUGAUGGGUUCUGCCCGCCAGCCUGUGCCUUUAUGGCACGCAGUACUAAUAUAA